GGCCUCCCCCAUUUUCGCCUGGAAGGUCACCUCUCCAGUGUUUGAGUGUCUGAAGCCGUUGGCUGCUCCUGAACCGUUUGGCUCUUUCUCCACUAGCAAACAGCCCCACAAUGUACCUCAAUCGCUCUUAAAUCUAUUUUUAAACGGUUCUAUUCCGCUUCACGCCGAUGCGAACGGGACCGGACUCUUGUUUGGGAAUUUAGCUGACGAUCUGCCGCCUCAAAGCGGCUUUAUAACGCUUUGUUUGAGCACUAUUUGACAAAAUAAUCGAGGUGGAGGAAAUUCCACACAAGCAGUGAAAGGCAGCCCUCGCGCUCAUCCGGGUAUUAAAGUGCUGAGACACUUGGGUUGGAUCCUUAAAAAGCGUUUGCCUGGCGAAAAUAAAGCUGAUAGUGUGGCUAGUGUCCUGUGUGCUGACCUCAUGGUGUAAGCAGGUGUGAAGAUGAGUAUUAGCAGCGAUGAGGUCAAUUUCCUGGUGUAUAGAUACCUGCAGGAGUCAGGGUUUUCCCACUCGGCCUUCACAUUCGGCAUUGAGAGCCACAUCAGUCAGUCUAACAUCAACGGCGCCCUAGUGCCCCCUGCUGCCCUGAUCUCCAUCAUCCAGAAGGGCCUGCAGUACGUGGAGGCUGAAGUCAGCAUCAAUGAGGACGGCACGCUGUUCGAUGGGCGGCCAAUUGAAUCUUUGUCACUGAUCGACGCGGUGAUGCCUGAUGUUGUACAGACUCGGCAGCAGGCGUACCGAGACAAACUGGCCCAGCAACAGGCCGCCGCAGCUCCCUCUACAACCAGUACCAACAUGCAGGGGAAUGCCAAAAACGGAGAAAGCACCGCAAACGGAGAGGAGAAUGGUGCACACGCCUUACCUAAUAACCAUGCAGACAUGAUGGACGUGGACAUAGAUGUGGAGAUCCCUCAGAAUAAAGCCAUGGUGCUGAGAGGUCACGAGUCAGAGGUCUUCAUCUGUGCCUGGAAUCCUGUCAGUGACCUGCUCGCCUCUGGGUCUGGAGACUCAACGGCGCGCAUCUGGAAUCUGAGCGAAAACAGCAGUAGUAGCUCUACACAGCUUGUCCUGAGGCACUGCAUACGGGAAGGUGGCCAAGACGUGCCCAGCAACAAAGACGUCACGUCGUUAGACUGGAAUAGUGAAGGUACACUGUUAGCCACAGGCUCUUAUGACGGCUUUGCUAGAAUAUGGACUAAAGAUGGUAAUCUGGCCAGUACCCUUGGUCAACAUAAAGGUCCAAUAUUCGCAUUAAAAUGGAACAAAAAAGGAAACUUUAUCCUUAGCGCUGGUGUUGAUAAGACAACAAUCAUUUGGGAUGCUCACACUGGGGAAGCCAAACAGCAGUUCCCGUUUCAUUCAGCACCCGCUCUGGAUGUGGACUGGCAGAGUAACAACACGUUUGCCUCCUGUAGCACAGACAUGUGCAUCCAUGUGUGCAAACUAGGCCAGGACCGACCCAUUAAGACAUUCCAAGGACACACAAAUGAAGUUAAUGCAAUCAAAUGGGAUCCGACUGGUAACCUGCUGGCGUCGUGUUCUGAUGAUAUGACUCUUAAGAUCUGGAGUAUGAAACAGGACACUUGUGUUCAUGAUUUGCAAGCUCACAGCAAAGAAAUCUACACUAUCAAAUGGAGCCCCACAGGUCCAGGAACUAACAACCCUAAUGCCAAUCUAAUGCUGGCCAGUGCUUCCUUUGACUCCACUGUUCGGCUUUGGGAUGUAGAUCGAGGCAUCUGCAUCCACACACUAACCAAACACCAGGAGCCCGUGUACAGCGUGGCCUUCAGCCCUGACGGACGCCAUCUAGCCAGCGGCUCUUUUGACAAAUGUGUCCACAUCUGGAACACACAGACUGGUGCUUUAGUCCAUAGCUACCGGGGGACAGGGGGCAUUUUUGAAGUUUGCUGGAAUGCAGCAGGAGACAAAGUAGGAGCAAGUGCGUCGGACGGCUCUGUUUGUGUAUUAGAUCUGCGGAAAUAGCGCUGCUUGCUGGAAGCCAUGGACCGACUAUGAAUGUGUACAUAGCCAAAAUGACUGUCCCUGACCCUCAAACUGCUACAGUCCCUGAACCAUGGCCAGCCACUACAGACAGACAAACACAAGCACGCUGACGCCACAAUCCGAGCGGAGAGGAUGUGAUUCCAACCCGAGACAUUCAAAUGACUUUUGUAAGGUGAAAAAAAAAAAACAAUAUAACAGAGGAAGAAAGAAAGACAAGAAGACUGUAUAUGUACCAAAUUUGGAAGAUAUUUUACUAUUUGUUCUUCAAAACCAAUCUCAUCGAAAUAAACGAACGAAAGGAUUUUAAUCUUUGUUGGUAGUUUCAGUUUCAGUGAGCAGACAUACCGUUUUCUUUUCCACCCCCCUCUUUCUUUCGCACAUUUGAUUUGACGUCACAGCUGCAUGAUUCCAAGACUCACGUUUUCCUCCUUUUAACACAAGUACAGAUAUUUAGUCUUUUUGGUACUGGAUGUUUUGUGAUUUCAACAGUGUGGGGACAUGAGAAAAAAAAAUCUAUAUUUUCCUUGUUCUUUGGUUUUCCUUUUUAUGCUAUUGUGUAACUGUAAUCUUCUCUUCCCCUCGAACCCUGUUUUCCCCCCAAAUGAGAGAUACAUUAACCACCACAACAACAACAAAAACAGGCAUGCACAUCUACAGGAAAUGCAUCCGUUCGCUCAUACUACUGUAUUAAGUUGGUAGACAUUCCCUUAAAAAGAACACCAACAAAUUUUGUUUGUCAAUUCGAGACGUGGUGUUCGAGUUAAUGAGGUUUGACAUACAUGUGGAUUGAAAACAGAAAAACUUGCUUUAGAUUUGAAAUAUUUUAAAUUAAACACAUCAGCGUAAUUUUUGUACUUUGUUUUAAUAAUUUGAUUAUUUACUCAAUUUUGUCUUUCAGUUCCAGCAUUUUUUUUUUGGUUCUCUAUUAUGCUAAACAUAAAAUUUAAGCAUGUUUUUGUUGGAGAACCCAAAACCUAAAGUCUGUUGACAGAACAUUGAACAAACAUUGGAAAGACAUUAUUUUAGUGCUUUUGGGGUUCUCUGCACUACCAUUUAAUGGGAUGCUGAUGUUCAUUUACAGUAAUGGCCUGCAUGAGGACAGUCUGUGCUAAUGUGCUUUGGUUUUUCUCUGUGUUAAGACAUCAAGGGGGGAAAAAAAUCACAGACCACAAGAGUGCAAAAGUCUGUUUCUUAAUUGUUUUUGUUUUUUUUGGCCCUCACAGAGAUAUUUUAGGCUAUAACCUUGCAUUUAAACAAGGGUGUCGUAUUUAAAGAUUUGAAACUGAUAAAAAAAGUGAAAAAACAUCUGAACAACUAUUUAUUACAGCCUAUGACAACAGAAGGGUGUUUGAGUCGUCCCUUUGCCCCAGCGUCUGCCUGCUCACAACAACCUUCAGUUCCAGUCGUUUCUAAUCAUUAUUCUUACUGCAUCUGUGUCUCCUGGACUUUUUGUACUCUUUAAAAAAAAAACUUUUGUAAUGCAUAUUUCUUUGUAGCUAUAUAUAUAUAAAAAAAACAAAAAGAGUAAAUAAAAAAAAAAAAAAAAAAAGGGAGGGAGAAAAAAGAAAACCCCAACAAACUACUGGAGGUCGGUUUGAGGGUGUACAGCUUAGACCUCAGUUCUGCUCACUCUUGAGUCCCGCGAGUUCUCAGAUGUCCCCACACCUGAUCUUUGUUUCCCCAGUCAAAUGUUUUUGGUUUCAAAAAUUCCCCCUGCAUUGCAUUGAUCUGUUGUCAUUUAAAUCAGAUCUGGAGUCCAAAAUAAAGUAUAUUUUGAUAUUA